AUGGCCCCAGGCCUCUUCUCCCGGCGCUCCUACGACGCCGACGCGCCCGCCUAUGCCGCCGUCCGCGGAAGCACCUCCCCGCGCGCCCCAGCACACAGCGAUAGCGACGUUACCGAAGAUGAAGAAGAAGCUGGCGGCGAGCGGGACAUGGAGGUUCUUCGCGAGGAGGAGGAGCGCGAGAAGCUGCUGUCGGGUGGGCAGGGGCUGUUUGGGAGCAUCGGCCGCAAGGUGGGGAAUGGGAGCAUCAAGAUUGGAAAGAAGGUUCGUGGCAUGGGGCGCCGGAAGGGCGUAAGGGAGGUGGUGGCUAUGAUGGGCGGGAAGCGGCUGGGGAUGGAGGAAGGGGGGGAGUUUGGCAUUGGGACGGGGAGUGACACGGGGAGUGAUAGCGAGAUUGAGGAGGAUGAGCUGCUGGCGGAGAAGUUGGCGUAUGAGAGGAAGCCACGAAAACCGAAUGGCCGUUCCAUGCUCCUCGUCACCAGCAUGCUGCUGACCUUCCUGAUGCUUCUCAUAUUCGCCUCUCUCUCACUCUCCUCUCACAGCACCUACCCCAUCAACCCACGGCCCGCUACGCUCUCCAACGGCACACACGCCUUCCGCCCCACCACUAUCCUCAUCUCCCUCGACGGCUUCCGCGCUGACUUCCUCUCGCGGCACCUCACACCCACACUCACCGCCUUCGUCGCCUCCGGGCUCUCCCCGCGGUUCAUGACGCCCAGCUUCCCCAGCGUCACCUUCCCCAACCACUGGACGCUCGUGACCGGCCUUUACCCCGAGUCCCACGGUAUCGUCGGCAACAGCUUCUUCGACCCCACCAUCGAGAAGGAGUUCUACUACACCGACCCCGCACGCUCCCACUCCGUCUCCUGGUGGGGCGGCGAGCCCAUCUGGUCCACCGCCGAAAAGCAGGGCGUCAAGACCGCCGUGCACAUGUGGCCUGGAUCCGAGGCCGCCGAUGGCUGGGGAAUCUCCUACCUCGACCGGUACAACGGGUCCGAAGUCCUCUCGCGCAAGACGGACCGCAUCCUCCAGCUCCUCGAUAUGGGCCUCGUUGACCGCCCGCAGCUGGUCGCCGCAUAUGUUCCCAACAUUGACUCCGUGGGCCACAAGUACGGGCCCAACACUACGCAGACUGACGACGCGAUCCGCUCUGUUGACGCUAUGUUCGCGGAGCUGCUGAAGGGACUGGAUGCCCGUAAUAUUACGGAGCUUGUUAAUAUCGUUGUGGUCUCAGACCACGGCAUGGCGAGCACGGCUAACGACCGCCUCAUAUAUCUCGACGACAUCAUUGACAUGUCGCAAAUCAGCCACACCGACGGCUGGCCGCUGUACGGUCUGCGUCCCGCGCCAGGUGUCAACAUCUCGCAGCUGCACGCAACACUUAAGUCUGAAGUGGCCGCCAACGCCGCCAAGGGCGAGCACAAUUGGGACGUCUUCCUGCGCGACGAAGACAUGCCUGGCCGCUGGCACUUCUCCGCGAAUCCACGGAUCGCACCACUCUGGAUCGUCCCCGAGACGGGCUACGCCAUUGUCACCAGAAAGGAAUUCGACGUGAAGACGGCUCCACUGGGGGCAAAGUAUGCGCCGGCAGGCUUACACGGGUAUGAUAAUACGCACCCGCUGAUGCGCGCGGUAUUUAUUGCGCGGGGGCCGUCGUUUAGGCAUUUGCAUGGUAGCGGGGGCGCGUGGCGGCUGGAUGAGCAUGAUGGUGGUGAAGUGGCGGGGGUGAAGGCGGGGGUGGUGGAAGAGUUUGGCAAUGUCGAGGUGUAUCGUAUGCUGUGCGAUACAUUGGGGCUAAAGGAAGGUGCAGGAGGCAGCAAUGCGACGUUGGCAGGUAUUGAAGCGCUAAGACUUGUCAGUGAUGAGGAGGAGCCCGCGGCGAAGGAGGACGAGGAGAAGGGGGGAUCGGGAGAGCCAAAGCUCCCAGUCCCAAGUGGCGUUGCGGCGACGAAGACACAGACGCAGACACAGACGCAGACCACAGCGGCGGUGAUGCCGACGGCGACAAAGCUGCCGACAGAUAGCACGGCGGACGAGGACUCGGAGGCGAAUAAGCAGGCGAUGGACUGGCUUGAGUACGUCAAGAUGAAGGCCGAGAAGCUGAAGGAUGCGCUGAAUAAGUGGUGGGAGGGCGUGUGGGUGGAUGAGGGGGCGGAUAUCGAGGUUAGUGGGUAG